AUGACUACCCAAGCUAAAUGGAAAAUUGAGAAAAAUCGGAUUUUAAAUUUACCAUUAGAAGAAAAAAGAAAGCUGUACAGAACAAGUGAAUACAUAACUUUGGAUGAUAUUUAUACUUGGACUAAGCAUGCAAAGGAAAAUGAGCAUAUAAAGACCAAAAUUCGCACCCAGGAUGAUCUUAAUGAAUUGAAAAAAAUUAAAAUAAACCCCGAAAAGAAUGUCUCACUUGCUGAAAAAGUUUCUAUUUUUAAAGGGGACAUUACAAAGUUGGAGAUUGAUGCCAUAGUAAAUGCUGCCAAUUCUCGACUCAAAGCCGGAGGAGGAGUUGAUGGGGCUAUUCACCGUGGAGCGGGACCAUUGUUACAGGACGAGUGUAAUUCUCUAGGAGGGUGUCCCACAGGAGAGGCUAAAGUAACAAGUGCAUAUGAUUUGCCUGCAAAAUAUGUGAUACACACCGUAGGCCCUCAAGAUGGUUCCGCAUCAAAGCUGCAAUCAUGCUAUGAGAACUGCCUUGCUCUUAAAAAUGAAAUUCAUUUUAAGUCUAUUGCAUUUCCAUGCAUUUCAACUGGUAUAUAUGGUUUUCCAAACCGUCUAGCGGCACAUAUUGCUUUAAGAACAGUUCGGAAGUUUCUGGAAAAUAAUGAUGACAUGGAGCGAGUCAUCUUUUGCACAUUCAUGCCCGUAGAUGUGGAUAUCUAUGAGACACUGAUGCAAUUAUACUUCCCAGUCGAGGAUUAA